AUGAGUGUUAUCAUGGCGAAGAGGAGCACCCUGCUGCUGCUAAUAGCUGCCCAGUGCGUUGUCCACCUGCACGCGCAGUACUUCCGACAGUCAUGCGGUGCCGAUGACUUCCGAUGCAAUAAUGGCCGAUGCAUUGAAGGCGCAAGACGUUGCGAUCGCGUCGUAGAUUGUCCAUCUCAAGAGGAUGAGCAGGACUGUGAGUGCAGACCCGACGAGUUCCGCUGCGCGUCCGACGGUUUUUGCAUCGAAGGCAGGAAGCGUUGCGACGGCGUCAACCACUGCAACGACAACUCCGACGAAUUGAAUUGUAAUGGUGGUCCGCGUUGCCCGCCAGACGCCUUCACGUGCGAUCCCUCCUCAAGCGUCCCUUGCGCCAGACGAUGCGAUGGAAGAAGGGAAUGUGAUGGUGGCGAGGACGAAGACAAGUGCAGUGAAUGCAGCCACAAGUGCGACGGCAGGUGUCUAGAGGACCGACAAAUAUGCAACGGUAUUGUCGAUUGCGACGACGGAUCGGACGAGCUUUCGUGCCCGGAAUGUGAUGGCCCUAACGACUUCAGAUGUUCAAAUGGGGAAUGUAUAAACAUCGCGCACCGUUGCAACGGUUUGAACGACUGCUAUGAUUCGAGCGACGAAGCGCAAUGCAACAACACAAUGCCGUCGAGAGCCGAGUGCAACGAGAACCAAUUCCAAUGCAGGGACGGUACCUGCAUCGACGCCGAGUUCUAUUGCGAUAGGAACUACGAUUGUUAUGACAAUUCCGACGAGGACAACUGCCCAUGCAGAGAGAACGAAUGGCAAUGCACGACUGGACAGUGCAUUCCAAUUCAAGGCCACUGCGACGGCCAAAUUGACUGCUACGAUCAAUCUGACGAGAACGACUGUUUCACAACAACUUGGUCUCCGCCUAUUACGCCACAGUCACCCACCCGUAGUCCAUAUACCUUUGCCCCACCCACUGAGAAUCCCGCUGCCUAUCCGCCACGCGAUUAUUCUACUCUCCGACCUGAUGUAUACCCUAGACCAUCAGCAAGACCUCCUUACCCUUACCCUUACCCUGGUGGAUCAGAGUCUUCAAUAGGAUCAGGAGGCGCCGACGGAGGACAAGGAAGACCUAACGCUCCAGGCUCUGGACCAGACUCAGCCGCGUUGAAUUUGAAAACGUACCCGAAGGCGCAGACAGUACGAAACGUCAACACUGGUGGCGACGUGGUGUUCCAGUGCCGUGACGAGAGUCGCCUGCGUGCGCCAGUGCGCUGGGUGAAGGAGGGCGGUAGACCACUGAAGCCAGGAUCCAUUGACCGUAAUGGACGUUUGGAGAUGAAUCAAGUGACGGUAUCGGAUAGCGGAACCUACAUUUGCCAAGCGCCACGAUACCUGGGCAGCCCCGGCUCCGAAGUGAGGGUUAACCUUAUAGUGGAAAAUGCACCACCAGUAUCGCAGUCGCAAUUCCACCCGUGCCGAGCCUCGGAGGCGACCUGCGGCAACGGCCAGUGUAUACCAAAGUCUGCUGUCUGCGACGGCAAGCCCGACUGCGACGACAGAUCGGACGAAGACUCUUGCAACCUCAGCGGGCGCUGCGAGCCGAACGAGUUCCGUUGCGCGAACAAGAAGUGCGUGCUGAAAGACCUGGGUGCCUGCUCGCCCGUCGAGUUCGCCUGCGCCAAGGGCCAACAGUGCAUACCGCGGUCCUACCACUGCGACGGCCACUUCGACUGCCAGGACAAGUCCGACGAGAUCGGAUGCGCGCCGGUGCAUGUUACGCGCCCGCCGGCGCCCUCCAACGUGAGACUGAACCCCGGCGAGAGCUUGGUGCUGGUCUGCGAGGCCGUCGGUGUUCCUACGCCACUCAUAUCGUGGCGCCUCAACUGGGGCCACGUGCCGCCCCAAUGCACGUCCACCAGCCAAAACGGAGUGGGAACGCUCACGUGCAACAACAUGCAAUCCGAAGAUAGUGGAGCGUAUUCCUGCGAGGCUAUAAACAGAAGCGGUACCACCUUCGCCGCGCCCGACGCCAUCGUUUACGUCAACAAAACCGACGUCUGUCCCACUGGAUACUUUAAUAGCGAGGCGCGCUCCCAGAGCGAGUGCAUCCGCUGCUUCUGCUUCGGCGAGUCGAACGUGUGCCGCAGCGCGGACCUGUUCACGUACAACAUGCCGACGCCGCUCGGCGAGGGCGGCACCAGGCUGGUCGGCGUCAAGCGCACGUACGCCGGCGACGUGCAGGUCGACGCGCAGGCGAUCGCCGACCGCUACUACUACCAGUCGAUGAGGAACGGCGCCACGGUCACGAAACUCGACCUGGGCUCCUGGUAUUCGAGUUCUGACGUGCAGCCGUACCUCACUCUACCGGAGACAUACAACUCUAACCAGCUCACUUCCUACGGCGGUCACAUUAGAUACAAUCUCGCACCGCACUCAACCAGAUUUAGUUCCGAUGACACCCCUGAUAUUAUUAUAAAGGGCAAAUAUCAAAGCUUAAUAUACAAAUACCGUGGUGACAUCUCGCGAGAUGCUUACAUAGAAGCCCGUCUAACUCCUGGCAAUUGGAUGAAGCCUACCGCUAGAGGCCCAGAAAUGGCUUCUAGGGAAGAUAUUAUGAUGACCUUGGACAAUAUCGAAAUGAUCCUUUUACGUGCGAGCAUAAACAACGCUGGUGUCAACAUCACUGACUUCGCCAUGGAAUCGGCUCAACAUAUCAAUGUAGGACUCGGAGCCGCCAGUCUCGUAGAAGAAUGUACUUGUCCACCUGGCUAUGAAGGACUGUCCUGUCAAAAAUGCGCCGCCGAUUACAUACGUGUGAAGAAUGGACCGUGGCUGGGAGACUGUGUGCCGAGAAGGGCCUGCCCCGAAGGGACGUACGGCGACCCGAACAGUGGCUACGACUGUAAACCCUGCCCUUGUCCGCUCACCAACCGCGGCAACCAAUUCGCCAGGACAUGUUCCGUCGGGGCCAGCGGCGACGUCAUCUGCGAUUGCUUCCCCGGAUAUGAGGGCCCAGACUGCCGUUACUGUUCCUCAAACUAUGUAGGAAACCCAUUAAUACCUGGAGACUCCUGCAAACCUAAACCCUCAGAUAAUUGCAACCCAAUGGGCACUAGUACUGUUAGGCUUCCUGAUGAAUGUGUCUGCAAGGAUAAUGUGCAAGGACGAUACUGCAACGAGUGCAAGAACGGCACUUUCUAUCUUUCUGAAGACUUUAGACAUGGUUGCGCCCUAUGCUUCUGUUCUGGUGUCACACAACAGUGUACAAGCAGCACUAACCUUAGAAGGAAGACCAUGAGUGUCAGUUUCAAUGUGCCUAAUAUUGUGAAUGAGGUGAAAGUCUACUCAAGCGCGCCGUCUAGUGGAGGUGGAGCAGUGAAAUACAAUGCACCUGUAGAGACCACUCUUCAGCCUCAGCUAAUCAGAGGAGAAAUCAGAUUAACCAAUGUUGAUACAUCAAAACCCUCAAUAUUCUACUGGAGUUUGCCGGCUAGUUUUGCUGGUGAUAAAGUGACAGCAUAUGGCGGUAAUCUAAGCUACACCUUGAACAAUGUGCCAAGAUAUGGAUCCAAAAAUAAUGCUGCGGAUGUACAACUUAUAAGCGAUGUUACAUUCCACUACUUUGGCAACUUUGAAUCUAAUAGUGAUGGUUCACUGUCAGCAUCUGUUCAGUUAUUAGAAAAAGGAUGGCAAAGACCUGAUGGUAAAGAGGUAUCCAGAGAACACUUCCUCUUGGCAUUAGCCCAUUUAAAGACCAUCUUAAUAAAGGCGUCGUAUAAUUCAUAUGAUCUUGCCUCAAUCGCUACGGCAAGUAUUGAUACCGCAGAGGCGAACGGCAAUGGUCCACAGGCACUUCACGUUGAACAAUGUGUUUGUCCAACUGGCUUCAUUGGAACUUCCUGUGAGAACUGUGCACCCGGCUACACUCGGGGCCUAAAGGGCUUGUACUUGAGGACCUGCGAAAUUUGUGACUGCAAUGGUCACUCAAAUAUGUGCCACCCGGAGACUGGAGAGUGCUAUGACUGUGCUGACAACACAGCUGGUGUGAACUGCGAAUACUGCAAAGACGGUUAUUCAAAGGACGAAUAUGGAAACUGUGUAUUUGAAUCGACCACACCAGUAUUCUGCAACUGCGAUCCCCGCGGCGAGGAGGGGCCGUGCGACAGCUCUGGCUACUGCCGCUGCAAACAGAAUGUCGAAGGCACCGCCUGCGACCGCUGCCGCCCUGGUACAUUCGGCCUGGACGGCGCCAACCCGCUCGGCUGCCACUCGUGCUACUGCUCCGGCGCCACCACCGACUGCCACGAAGCGACGCACUACUCGAGGAUCGCGAUGGCCGCGCCCAUAUUCGGCGAGAACAACGGCGGCUACAGUCUGAUGGACCUCUACGCUUCCGAGGUCAUCAACGACCAGUUCGUGCCCGUUCCCAACGAGAGCCAGCUGAUGUACGUGUUCUCGUCGAGGCCCGACAAGGAGCUCUACUGGUCCCUGCCCGUCUUCCCAGGCAACAGGGUUCUCUCGUACGGCGGCACGUUGUCGCUCACCCAGAGAUUCGAGACCGGCGGUGUGCCCGAACAGGCGAACGCCGUGAUCAUCCUGGCUGGCGAGGGCAGAUCCGUAUCCUGGACGAGCCCCAACCCGCUGCGAUCCGGCGAGGCAUUGAGCUUCCAAGUGCCGCUGCGGGAGGAGGGCUGGUACAUACUGAACACGCCGCAGCCCGCCAGCCGCGAGGACCUCAUGCACGUGCUGAGGGACCUCAAGCGGGUGCUGGUCAAGGCGACCCUAUCGCCCAACGUCAUCACGUCCGCCAUCGCCGACGUGUCGAUGGACACGGCCACGGAGAUCUACAGCACCGGCUCGCCCGCCGCCAAAGGAGUCGAGGUCUGCAUGUGCCCGGAGGGCUAUUCGGGCACCAGCUGCGAGACCUGCCUCGCCGGGUACUACAGGGACCGCAGCGGCCUCUGCAGGAAAUGCAACUGCAACGGCCACGACUGCCAGCUCAGCGUCUACGGCGAGGUGGUGUGCAACUGCCGCCCGCCCAACACCGGGCCCGACUGCUCCACAGUCGGCCUGGUGAUGGAGCUGCACCCGAAGAUCGGAGAGAGCGAGGGCGGCUCGCCGCUUCGCCCGGUCACGUUCGUGUGCAGGUAUAGGGCGCCGGAGCCGCUCACGAUCGAGUUCCGCUCGGAGGGGCGCGAGCCGCCGCCCCCUAGUCGGCACAGCGAGUCGCGCCCCCUAGAGGGCGUCUGGAGCGGCGAGCACAGCUGGAGCACCCUGUGGGACACCCGGCGGCAGGGCGAAGUGUUCGAGUGCCGCACGAUCACCGAGAGGGGUUUCACGCUCGGCGUACUCACCACCACGCUGCCGGAGAAAGGUAGCGGUCGCGCCACUUCCGGCGGCGUCGCUUCCGCCGGCGGCAGCUUCCGUUGCGGUCCCGCCGGAUGCGGUCGAUGUGUUGUACCGUCCGCCGUGUGCUGUACUUCCGGUGAGCCGAUUGUGGACGAGACCACUCUGCCGCCGCCGCCCCAGAGCACGAUCUCCGUCAGGAUCGCUGGCCCCACCAUCAAGAUCCAGGAGGUUGGCAGCACGGUGAACUUCACCUGCGAAGCUCGCAGCCGCUUCUCGCCCAACGUGUUGCCGGUGAACUGGACCAAGGAGGACGGCUACCUGCCGCUGGAGAGGACCUACAUCGACUCCAGCACUGGGGGCUUGUUCAUUAUGAACCUCCAGAUCUCGGACAGCGGGAAGUACAUCUGCCAGACCACCGACGGGAUGUCGACGGGACAGGCGAUCGCCACCCUCAAGGUGCCAGGCAACGAGAUGACGCUGCCGACGGUGAGCAUCCGGCCGACGGUGAACGAUUACUACGAGGGCGACAGGAUCGAGCUCGAGUGCCAGGCCACCGGCAUCCCGGCGCCCAGGAUCACCUGGCAGCGUGCCUCCAACCGCCCCCUGCCCAGGGCCUCCCGCUACGACACCUACUUCGUGAUAGACAGCGCCAUCGAGGAAGACUCCGGCGAAUACAGGUGCAUCGCAACGAACGCGGCCGGCUCGACGGACCGCUCGGCGGUGGUGACCGUCCGCGCGCGGCCGUCGCGGCCCCCCCGCGACCGCCUCACGGUGUCCGCGGGCGCGGUGAACGUGACCGAGGGCCAGAGCGCGCGCGUCGUUUGCACCGCCACGGCGAGCGUGCCCGCCGGCUCGAUACAGUGGAUCAGGCAAGACGGCGUCGAUUUGCCGGCCAACGUGCGCUCCGACAACGGGGUUCUGUACAUCGAGUACGCGACCCCUGACGACCAGGGGGUGUACCUGUGCCGCACGCCCAUCACCGAGAUAGCUCCCGUGCCCGUGGUGGUAACCGUGCUCCUGAUCAGCACCCCCGCGCCAGGGGAACUGUCCAACAUCAGUGUCACCGUCAAUCAGCUGAAGGUGCCCACCGGCGGCAGCGGCUCCGUGGACUGCAGCCCCUUGGGCAACCCCCUGCCGAUGAUACGCUGGAUCAAAUACGACGGCAGCUUCGGCGCCGGCGUGAGCCAACGGGACAACUCCCUGCUGAUAUCCAACGCGCAGGAGAGCGACCAGGGGUACUACAUGUGCGAGGGCACGGUCGCCGGGGCGCCCGUAGCCAACCUAUACGUGUACGUCGAGGUCGAAAAGCGCGAGAAGCCGCGCGUGGAGAUCUGGCCCCAGGGCGAGCAGGCGGUGGCGCUCGGCAGCCGCUACGAGCUGGUGUGCCGGAUCCUCGCCGGAUACCCGGAGCCGGUUGUGCUGUGGGAGAGGGGCGGCGGUCGCUCACUGUCGCAGCACGCCCAGUUGCAACCCAACCACGUGCUCAGCUUCGAGACGAUCGAGGUGAACGACGAGGGCGAGUACACCUGCUCGGCGAGCAACGAGGCGGGCGCGGACGAGGCGAGCGCCGUGCUCAAGGUGCGCUCCCCGCCCGUGAUCACCAUCACGCCGAGCAACUUCGUGCAGGUGGUGAGCGGCGACCCCGUCACCGUCGAGUGCCGCGCCAACGGCUACCCGGAGCCGAUGGUCUCCAUACAGACGAGCCCCGAGAUGCGCGUAGUGGUGCCGCCGGCGCGGAGCUACGCCGCGCUACGGAUCCCGUCGGCGGGCGAUAGGGACGACCGCGACUACGUCUGCACCGCGACAUCCGCCGCGGGCACCAUCAACGAGCAGUUCGUGGUGCGCGUGGAGCGCGGCGACGGCGGAUUCGGGGACGUCGAGGGCAGCGGCGAUCCAGGCCUGAACGUGGACGAGAAUUACGACUAUGACAACAACAGGCCUUCAAACAGCAUCGCCAUCGAGGGCAGGGACGCGACAAUCAGCUGCAACGCGUCCACCGAGUACCAGGUGCAAUGGCGGAAGGUGAACGGUCGACCGAUGGGCUACAACGUGGUCGAAAGGGGCUCAGAGCUCAUAAUCAGAAAUGCGUCGAAGUCGGACUCGGGCGUGUACGAGUGCGUGCUGGUGAACCGCUACACGGGCGAGGCGCAGCACGCGACGGCGAUCAACCUGGCGGUGGUGGCGCCGCCGACGAUCACCCUGCGGCCGCUCACGCAGACCGUGCAGCCCGGACAGUCGCCGACGGUGGAGUGCGUGGUGAACGGCGACGACAUACAGGACAUCCUGUGGAGGCCGGUCGAACGGCAGCCCUCCAGCCGCGUCGAGAUCCGCGGCUCCACGCUGAUAUUCCACCAGAUCGAGGUCGAGGACGCCGGCCAGUACGAGUGCUUGGCGAGGAACGCGAUAGCGAACGCGUCCGCCGUCGCCGAGGUGAUCGUCAGCGAGGAGAGCGGCGGCGCGUCGACGGAGUCGCACGAUAACGAGCAGACCGCCCGCGCGGGCGCCGCCGUCCACCUGAGCUGCAACGUCACCCAGCCGGGGCUGCGCAUCAGGUGGACCAAGGACGGCAGCGCGCUGCCGAAGACGACCACGCAGCGGAUCGAUGGCUCCCUGUACAUACGGCUCGCGCGCAAAUCCGACAGCGGACGCUAUAUCUGCAUCAUAUACGAUCAGUACGGCAGGCAGACUAGCAAUUACAUCAACCUGCACAUCGAGGAUUUGACCGUUUCGUUGUUCCGCUCGACGCUCAAUAUGUUCUGCCCCGCGCCCCAAGGUGAUGAGUGCUCGCGCACGCAAUUCCGUUGCUACGACGACACGGGAUGCGUGGACGAGAAGCUCCUGUGUGACGGGUACAGCGAUUGUCGCGACUCUAGCGACGAGGAGAACUGCCUCUUGAAGGACGACCGGCUCCCGGACAUGCCUACGGACAGUCGCACCAGCGCCCCCGGGCCACGAUACGAAGCUCAGCAGUUAGUGUCCAUUGAGCAACCGCGAAGGCAAUACAGGGUCGGCGAGAACGUCAAGGUCGCCUGCAAGAGGGGCUCCAAGAACAUCAGGGUGACAUGGGAGCGAUACGGCACCAACCAAUACGUCGACUCGAUUGAAUACGGCGACGGUUCCCUAAUGGUGGUGGAGGGUGUUGAGGAGUCGGACGCGGGGCUUUACAGGUGCACGGGGAUCGACAGCUACGGCAGGAGCUACUACGACGACUUCCAGCUGGAGGUGGUACCAGGGUCAAACAACCCCCCGUACCCCAUCGAGGACCAGCCGCAGGCGUACACCGCCCGCCUGCGCGACUUCAUCAGCCUCCCGUGCAACCACAACCUGGAGCAGCCGGUCUCGAUCGAGUGGAGCAAGGAGUACUUGCAGCUGCCCCCUAACGUGCGCGUGAACGAUCCGGUGCUGAACCUGGACAGCGUGUCGGAGUCCGACGCCGGCACGUACGUGUGCCGAGUGAGCAACGGCCGCGCGAGGGUCGAGAGCCGCGCCGUGCUCAGGGUCACCGGCGUGCUGCCACGCUUCACCGGCGACAGCUGGCUCUCGAUGCCCACCCUCAAGGACGCCUACAUGAAGUUCGACAUCGAGGUUUCCUUCAAGCCGAGCGACCCCAACGGGCUGAUCCUGUACAACGGACAGAACGAGGACAGCAGCGGCGACUACCUCUCGCUGCAGCUCGUCAACGGCGUGCCGACGUUCGCGUUCGACGCGGGCAGUGGGCCCCUGACCGUCACCGGGGACAGACCGCUGCAGCUCAACGAGUGGCACACCGUCCGCGUCAGCCGCGACGACUCCAAAGUUACCAUGGACGUGGACAACAAGGGGCCGUUCAGCGCGGAGUCCUCGAGCCAGUGGAACGUCCUGGACCUGGUGCAGCCGCUGUACAUCGGUGGCGUGCCGGACGCGAGGCAGCUGCCGCGCGAUCUCUACGGCGCCUCCGGUUUCAUCGGUUGCGUUAGCAUGCUGAUACUCGGCAACGAAGAGAAGAACAUUAUGAUGAACAGUCUCAACAGGAACAAUAUCAUGGAGUGCGACGCGUGCGUUCCCAACAUGUGUCUGAACAACGGAGUUUGUCAGGAGGCGCGCAACGAGCGCGGCUACGUGUGCCUGUGCCCGGCCGGCUACGCGGGCCUGAACUGCGACCGCACCGGGCAGGCGUGCAGGCCGGGACUCUGCGGCCCGGGACGCUGCGCCGACACCGCCGACGGCUACAAGUGCGCCUGCCCCGUCGCCUACACCGGAAGGAACUGCGAGCAGAACCAGACGAUCGAGUAUCCGGCGUUCACCGGAAGCGCGUACCUCGCCAUCAAGCUUCCGGGCACGUCCAGCCGCUACUUCCAGAUGUCGAUGAAGAUCAAGGCCACGCCGCCCGUCAUCGACGGCAUCAUCAUGUACUGCAAGGCGAGGGGCGGCGGAUUCACCGCCCUCACCGUCCGCAACGGCAAACUGGAGUUCCGCUUCGACAUCGGCGACGGCAACCCCGUGGUGCUGACCAGCAACAAGACCCUGGACGCAAACGAAUGGACCGACGUGAAGAUCACCCGCGUCGGAGCCGACGUAGGCAUGAAGAUCAACAUGGUCGACGUCUACGAGCAGAAGCUGGCCUCCUACAAGAAGGAGGUGUACCUCGAGACGCCGAUGUUCGUCGGCGGCGUCGACGAAUCCGUCAUACUGAACAACAGCACCGGGGUGACGGGAGGCUUCAGCGGCUGCAUCAAGGACGUGCGCCUUCACGGAGACCAAGUGGAUAUUGUGAACUCUUCGAUCCAGUCGGCCAACGUCCAGGAGUGUCCUAACUACAUCCGCGGUGACAUACCCGAGGUCGACAGCGUGUGCAGCCUGUGCCGCAACGGGGGCCGGUGCGACGCGCCCGACUCGAGCGCGUGCCGCUGCCCGCCGGGGUACGCGGGCACGUACUGCGAGUCGCGCGCGCCCCCGCCGCCCCCCGCGCGCCGCCCCUCCCCCGCGGACCCGUGCGCCGCGCGCCCCUGCCGCAACGGGGGCACGUGCCGCACCGACCGCGGCACGCGCAUGAACUACACGUGCGACUGCCCGCUCGGAUACGCCGGCGCCAACUGCCAGAUGCCGCUGCAACUGCUGCAGAGCGUCGGCUUCAACGGCAACGGCUACCUGGAGCUGCCCGGCAGCAUGAUGCGCUACGACCAGCUGGACGAGGAGCAGGCGGUCAUCGCCCUCGCCAUCUACACGAGCACCGACGGGGUCCUGUUCUACCAGCACGAGACGCAAGCGCCGCCCUACUCGGGCGACUACCUCCUGAUCAGAGUCCGUGACGGAACAGUCGUGAUGGAGUGGAAUAUGGGCAGCGGUUUCUCAUCCAUCAGCGUUGAUGAGGCGCUCGUCAACGAUGGCGAGAGGCACACGGUCAUCGCCAAACUCAUGUCGGAGAAUCAAGUGUACCUCUCCGUGGACGAGGUCGUCAAGACCGCCCCCUCCGGCUUCGCCAACAUCAUGAACGUCGAUUCCAACGUGUACAUCGGCGGCAUGCCGGAGCGGCUCAACUUCCAGGGCUACCCGGGCCUCAACGGCUGCGUUGAGCAAGUGGAGCUGAUGGACUCCAGCCGCGCCAUCCAGUUGGGCGAUGUAGCGGUCGCCGGCAGGAACACCCAGCGCUGCAGGGAG